CCAAGGGUUAUCUCACUGAUCCAACGAUCUGGCUCUUUUUUCAGGUCUUUCCCCGAGUCGGUCGGCAACAAUGCCUAUCAGUAGGAUUUUGUGCCAGAGAACCAGAAGGAAGACCAUAAGCUGAACGCAGCGAGUCGGAAUCAAGAUUCAAAUAGAAAGGGGAGCGUAGGUUGGUGUGGUCUCUCAACUCUCGAACGGCGGAUUGUUUCCAUCUCACAACACUGACCCACUGAGUCACCACUCUCUCUUACUGAAUCAAUGGAACUUCCACCAAGAUGGGCUUUCUUACUCUUUUUACUGUUAUCUUCAACAAAGGCCUCUGGAUCGGCAGUAGAUAAAGAAGAGUUCCAAGAAGAAUUGUUGUUGAAGCCGUUGCCUGAUCGGAAAGUGUUGGCUCAUUUCCACUUUGAAACUAGAGCCCCUCCUUGCAAUUCCAAUGGCCGCCGCCACCAUCAUCUCUUCCCUAAAGCCAUUUCUCAGAUGGUGGAGAAAUUCCGGGUCAAGGAAAUGGAAUUAUCGUUCACACAAGGUCGGUGGAACUAUGAACGCUGGGGUGGGUUUGACACCAUGUCAAGCAACAAUGCUAAGCCUCCUGGAGUUGAGUUGUGGGCUGUCUUUGAUGUUCCUAAAGAGCAAGUUGAUGCUUCUUGGAAGAAUUUAACCCAUACCCUUUCAGGUCUUUUCUGUGCUUCAAUUAAUUUCCUCGAGUCAUCUACCAUGUAUUCAGCCCCUGAAUGGAGCUUUAGGCAAGCCUCUGGCAGUCUGAGGUAUGGUAUGCUGCCCCGUGAGGCUGUUUGCACUGAGAACCUAACUCCAUGGUUGAAGCUCCUUCCUUGUCGAGAUAAUGCUGGGCUUUCUGCCUUAAUGGACAGGCCAUCAAUUUAUACAAGUGUUUAUCAUUCUCAGCGACUGCAUUUGACUUCAAAUUCGUCUGAUCUUGAGGGGUUGAAUCCGGGCAUUGUUCUAGAACAAACACUUACUGUUGUUCUUCAUCCCAGUAGUCAAAGAACUAGCUUGACUCAUAUUAGCGAAUCGUAUCUUCAACCAAGCUGGUCUUUGAGUUCAAUUUUUGGUAGGAAAGUCAAUGGGAGAUGUGCUCUUGCUAAGUCUAGUAAAGUAUAUCUUCAGCUUGAGAGAGGCCUAGUUUCUGAACUGGAGAAAAAUAUUGGCUCUGAAGGGUAUGAUGUUGAAGCCAACUUUGAAUUGUCAGUUAAUCCAGACAGGGUACUUAAAGAAGAAAAUAGUAGGCAUGGAAUAGGCUCCUCUUUACUUUAUGAAUUUUCAGUUGACAAGUACAGCAACUCUAAACCAUUUGAUCUAGGCCUGACAUGGAAAUUUCCUGUAAUAUGGUCAUGUGAACAAGCUCCAUUACAUGCUAUUAGAUUUUUGAUGGGAAGCGGGAAUGAAAGAGGUGCAAUUGCUAUCUUGUUGAAAUCUACAGAUUUGAAUGACAGUUCCCCGGGUGCUGAUAGUGCUAGUGAUGGAUGUGAGUUGCAUGUUAAUAUUUUCCAAAUUGUCCCUUGGUAUAUCAGGGUAUAUUAUCAUUCUCUCCAGCUGUUUGUGGAUGAUCAACUGAAGGCAGUUGGAGCUUUUGUGGAAAAGAUACAUGUUAUGCCUUCCAAAGACAAGAUAUCUCCUGGUAUGAUGGAGAUGGUACUGAAGCUUCCUUGUGGUGUGAAAUCAGCUGCUUUGACACUAGAUUUUGAUAAGGGUUUUUUGCACAUUGAUGAAUACCCUCCAGAUGCCAAUCAAGGAUUUGAUAUUCCAUCAGCUGCGAUAAGCUUUCCCAACUUCCAUGCAAGUAUGCAUUUCCCUAGCAACGACUCUGAGAGAGAAUCACCCAUGCUGUCUAAAUUUCAGGAAAGCAGUCCUGUUCUCUCGUACACUGAAGUAUUACUUGUACCUUUGACAACUCCUGAUUUUAGCAUGCCAUACAAUGUCAUCACUAUCACGUGCACAGUGUUUGCUCUGUAUUUUGGAUCGCUGCUCAAUGUACUUCGGCAGCGGGUUGGAGAGAAGGAAAGACUUAUUAAAAGCAAAGCUGCUGCUGUAAAAACCGGUCGCCCUUCUGAACUGCUGUCCAGACUGUCAGCCAAGCUUAGAGGAAGAUCACAGGAGCCUUCCCAAUCACCUUCAGAAUCAUCACCCGUGAUAAAUUCUAAAUUAGUACUUAAAGUCUUGUUAAUGGCUGCACUUGCUGUUGCGUGGCAAUAUUAUUUUGGAUGACAACAUCAAAGGGUAAGUUAGGGACCUCCAGUCCAAUGUACAACAAUACGCGCAGAAGGAAAGCAUUGUAAGGGACGAGUAAAGUGAUUUUUCUACCAUUGAACUACUUGUAGCCCAAUUUUGUAUCCCAAGUCGUACUUUCUUAGGUUCUAUAUUAAUCAAUUGGUAUUUUCGAAA